AAAAAUCCCCAAAGAAAAACUACACAGAAAAAGCUUCUUUUUCUCUUCUCUUCACAUUCUACUUUCCACUCUUCUCUCAAAAACUCCAUCCCACCAAUGCUAUCUCUCCACCACCACCACCUCCCCUCCACCACCAAUGCCAAACCCCAAUUCCCCCAAACAACCACCAAUCUCCGCCAUUCAACCACCUUCCCCAAAACCCUAGCCCCAAAACUCAAACCCAAACCCUACAUUACAAAAUCCCUCCUUCAAUGGAACCGCAAACCACAGCUCUCCGGAGAAACGCCACGUGUCGUAGUAGUAACAUCUGGAAAAGGUGGAGUUGGUAAAACAACAACAACCGCAAACAUCGGCCUUUCAUUAGCCCGUUUAGGGUUUUCCGUCGUUGCAAUCGACGCAGACGUCGGACUUCGUAACCUAGACCUUCUCUUAGGUCUUGAAAAUCGAGUCAAUUACACCGUCGUUGAAGUUCUCAACGGCGAUUGUCGACUCGAUCAAGCUUUAGUUAGAGACAAACGUUGGUCGAAUUUCGAACUACUUUGUAUUUCGAAACCAAGAUCCAAACUCCCCAUUGGAUUUGGUGGAAAAGCUUUGACGUGGUUAGUCGAAGCUCUAAAAGCCCGGGCAGAUGGUUCUGGUACUGGAGCCGUAAGCCCGGACUUUAUCCUUAUCGAUUGCCCAGCGGGAAUCGAUGCAGGGUUUAUAACCGCUAUAACACCGGCGAACGAAGCGGUUUUAAUAACUACGCCGGAUAUAACUGCGCUUAGGGAUGCUGAUAGAGUAACUGGUUUGUUGGAAUGUGAUGGAAUUAGGGAUAUUAAGAUGAUAGUUAAUAGGGUUAGGACUGAUAUGAUUAAAGGCGAGGAUAUGAUGUCGGUUUUGGAUGUUCAAGAAAUGUUGGGUUUGCCUUUACUUGGUGUUAUACCUGAGGAUAGUGAGGUUAUAAGGAGUACUAAUAGAGGGUACCCUCUUGUUUUGAAUAAACCUCCUACUUUGGCUGGUUUGGCUUUUGAACAAGCUGCUUGGAGACUUGUGGAACAGGAUAGUAUGCAAGCUGUUAUGGUUGAGGAAGAGCCUAAAAGAGGGUUUUUCUCUUUUUUUGGUGGCUAAAUUCAAUUGGAUCAUUUUUUCAUUUAAUGGUUUUGUAAUGAAUGGUUUUGUAGUAUCUGAGGGAUGUUUAUUGAAGUGUAGUUUGUUUUGGUAUGUGUACAGUUUAUUUUGUUCAUUCACGAUUUAUUUUAAUCAAUUGAUUAGUUUUAUGUGUAAACACCUCAGGUGCAGAUUUGUUGCGAUAGUAAUACAGUGUUGUAGAUGGUUUACUUUGGUGUUUUA